AUGAUCGCCUCGUCCUGGCUCAAACAGUCCAUCAUCACGGUGCUCUGCGUUCUCGGCAUCCCCUCGUACCUCUCGGCGCCCAAGCCCAUCUCGAUCCACCUCGACGGGCAAUCGAGCAUCACCGUGCCGGCCAACCGGGCCGUCGUGUCCCUCCACAUCUACGCCGAAGGGCCCAGGCAGGACAAGGUGGCGGAUGAAGUGCGCAGGACCGCCGACGACGUCCUGGCCACGCUCAGACCGCUCGCUCAAGUGCAAGCAGACCCGGUUCCGACCGUCAACGCGUCAUCGCCCACCGGCGACGACAUGGAGUAUGAGCCGGCCGUCGUCGACCUCUCCGUGACCACCUUCCGCAGCUACUCGUGGCAGAAGCCCGGCUCCUCGAUCCUGUCCCGCGACGCGCCGCAGUACCAAGCGAGCGUGGAGAUCGAGGCCGAGUUCCGCGCCCCCUUCGACCCGCUCGGCCUGCUGCUGGCGCAGGUCUCCAAGACGCCCGCGGCGUCGGUGCAAUCCCUGAAAUGGACGCUCGACGACCACACCAGAAAGAAACUUUUCUCCAAAUGUCGCUCCGAGGCCAUGGUCGACGCCCUCGACAAGGUCCGCGCCUACGUCCGGCCCCUGGGCAUGGACAAGGUCCGCGCCAUCAAACUCACCGAGAGCAACCCCCGACAGAGCCGCCACGUCGUCUGGGGGGAUGUCGACGGCUUGAGGUUCCAGCGCCACACCAGCCAUGAUGAGCACGCAGAUUUCAAGGCCCAGAUGGACGAGGCCGACGUGGAUACCGAGACGUUCGGGCUGGAGCCCGGCACGCUGGAGAUCGCCGCGCAGGUCGAAGGUGAGUUCUGCGCGUGGAAGACUGGCUUGGAGGCCUGGUUUAGGAGAGGCGGUGUCUGA